AUGUCACUGACGAAGCACUAUCCCGAAUCAUUGAAGGAGCUUUUGGCAACUACUCCAUUGGUUCAUCUCGUUCCACGACAACAUCUUGCACCAUUAGUCAACUUGACACAGAUCGCAGCCAAGCCUGAUUCGAAAGCAUUUGUCGAAGGCGCAUACAAGGAGUUUGAUGGAUUUCAUGGUGAGCUAGCGAAACAGUUUGAGAAGGAGUGCCAGGAUGAAUUACUUGCUUUUCUGGAUGAUGAUGAUGAUGAUGAUGAUAUUGAUGGUGGUAAUGGAGGUAGUGACGAGAGAGAUAGAGGUGGAAAAGGAGGAGAGCUAGAUAAUAUCAGGUUUAAGAUGCCAAAACAUGCAGAAGAAACUAGCGAUUCGCCAAAAGAACCACCGGUGGAAUUAGACUAUACGGAAUUUGAAAAAAAGGUUCUUGCUAGAGAAAAACUCACAAAGACCAACUGUUGUUGGGAAAAUGAAGAAAAGACAUAUGGAGAAUCAAUAUACACGCGACGAAACCACGAAUUUGAUUCACUUGAAGAUAUAGAGCUACACAAGAAAAAAUACUUUAAAUUAUUUGAGACAGAAGUUGCAAAAGAAACAAAAGGAAAUCAAGAGCUGGUAGAAGUUGUAUCUCAAAGUCAAACUGUUGAGACUUUGGACGAGACACUGGAUGCAAUAUACAAAUCUAAACAACCUGAAAGUUUUCAUGGACCUCAAGGAUCUCAGCGAUCAGAAAGAAUCGAUAUGUUGGAAACACAGGGAAUCCCAACAACUAUACACAUUCCUCUGCAGUCAUCUUAUCAAGAAACAAGGAAAUCCAAUAUUUCAAAAACAUUCAAUUUUUUCACGAGUCUCAACCAGGAUGAAAUUACUUGGGAGAAUUUGGCGCAACUAAAUGACACAUUGGCCAAAUUGCAAAACUUAACCGAGAAAGAUGACCAGCACGACUUGCUAAAAGUUCAAGAUAUGUGUCUGGUCAACUUACGACAAACUUUAGAGAAACUAAAACCUACUUUGUUGUCAAAGUAUGAUGAAUUUGUUCUUGUCUUACCAGACCUAUUGAGACUAUUAUUUUCAAUCAAUGCAUUGUUGCUAAUUUUGAAAGUACAACCUGAUAUAAGAAAUAAGCACACGGAUUUGGUUAUUAUGGGACUUGAAUUGAGCUAUGAGAAUUUCACAAAACCUCUAGAUGACACGUUUUUUGCUUCAAAUCACGAACUGGCAGAAGAGCCGAAUAGUAUUUCACUUAAAUGCCAUAUGAUAAUCGAUGAAACCAGUAAGGCUUUCAAAAACCUAGGUUCUAUUUGUGCAAAGCGACCGUUUGAUGAUGAAAGCUUGGUGAAACUUCAACUCUUGCUUAUAAACAUAGCAGUACCAUCAAGCCAAGAUCAGAUUAAAGUACUAGUUGACCGAACGCAAGUGCCAUUGGAACCGAUUCAACUAUCUUCAUAUUCAUGUUUGCUACUAAUCUAUCAUAAUCUAGAGGAUCAGAGAGCGUUUGUGGUUUCAGAAGUGUUGUCUCAUAUUUCCAUCUUACCGACGUCCCGUAACGUUACCAGAAAAUUCAAAACCGAGCGAGGCUUUCAAGUGCAAACUUUUACUAUAUUGUUGAUCACUUUUGUUCAUUGUUCCGAGAACCAUAUGGCGUUUGCUGAUUAUAUAACGUUGGAGAUUCUUAGACAAAUGGAGGAAAAUCCCAGCAAUACCAAACGCACAGAGCAGCUUGAAAAUUAUCUUGAAGAUCUUUGGAAACUUUUGCUAUUUCCAGAAUGGGUUGGUGCAGAAAUUUUACUUAUUAGCUUUCUUCAUAAAGCAUUGGAUAAUUUGACAAAACCGGAAACUGAGGAGGAAAACAAAUCAACUGAGCUGCCAUUGUUUGAUAUAUUGAUCCCAUUGUCCGAGAAGAUCCUAUCUCAUGGAGAAUCGAUAGAGAAGAAUACAACCGUUGAAGAACAACAUUUAGAAAUAAUUCUUUCAAACUGUUUAGGAUUUGAUAGAAACUUUGCCUUUGAAUGUUUAAAGUCAAGAAUUGGUAAGGUCAAUGAAGACGUGAUUAUGGCAGAUGAAAGAGAAGAAAUUAAACCAUCAAGGGAUUCUGUGCCAAAAGUUUACAUUCGCAUUGUCCUCCAGCAACUACGAUCAAUUCUUCUUUCCAAUUAUGCUACAUUUAUUCAAACGCUGUUGAGCUCGCUGAAAGCAAAGAUAAGAAGUAAAGCAAUAAAGGCUUUACCCAUAUUAAUUGAUACUUUCCCAGGAAUUUUAUCAUCAAGCGAAAUGCAAAAGGCUUUAGCAUUAAGACUUGAAGAUCCUGCAUCGGUGGUGAGAGAUGCAAUGAAUGAAUUUAUCGGUAAAUAUAUGCAAUCACACCCAGAGGAAAGUGAAAAAUUGAUAGCACCAUUGCUCAAAGCCAUGGAUGAUCCUCGUACAACUGUGCGAAAAAAAAGUAUGCGCUCGUGUUUAAAUGUUUAUCCACAACUCAAUGAACAUUACAAGCUUGUGAUUAGUGUCAAAUAUUUUGAGCGACUCCUUGAUGAGGCUGACUCUAUUAGAGGAGAGGCUAAGGAAUGUUUGCUUAAGUGCUUCUUUACUCAAGGUGAGGAAGAUUUCAACGGUUUAUCCAAAUGGAUUAAAAUAGUGCACAGAAAAAACUCGGAUUUCCUAAGAUCGUUUUUUGUUGAGUCGGUGUUUUCAAAUCCAAAACUUAAUGAAGUGGUUUUAAAUUACGUAGAGAAAGCACUGGGCACAGUUUCUUAUGAAAAAGAAGAAGUAGAAAGAGAACAGGAAAAUGAAAAUGAAAAUGAAAAAGAGAAAACAGAUCGUAUUGGUGAUGAUGGUGCUGGUUCUACUGCUGGUGCUGGUACUGGUAAUAGUACUAAAAGUGGUGCUAUUGAAGAAGCUGAUUCAUUACUUUUGCUUGCAGCAUUUGUUGUUCUAAAACCAACUUUGAUCACACAGGCUAUGUUGGAACAUUUGAAGCCAUAUAUAUUUGAGCAUGCUGGCUCUAGAACUGAGGCAUAUUGCUAUGCACUACAAGUCUUGAAGAUUGGUACUCACACUUUAAGAGCAUUUAAACCUAAUUUUGUGGAAGAAAUAACAAAUUUUUUACUAAGGAAAAUGCCAAUGUUUAUCAAAAGAGAAUUGGACAAUGUGGUACCAACAUUGAAUGUAUUAACCAAAUACAGCCAUACUGAAUAUAAAAUAGUAAACAUUGUAAUCACCACAAUGAAAAUGAUCCGCAAAGAGUUUGAAUCUACUGAUGCAAUGAAAGUGAAUACGCUAUUACAGUUAUUGUCAUACCUCGGUAAAUAUUGUGAGCUUCAAUCACUAGAUCCUCAAUUUCGAGAAAUGGGGUUCAUUAAACCAAAUGAGUCGAUAAUCACUUUGAUUGUGAGGUACAUAAUGACAUUUACUGGACAAAGAGUGACACUUCCAAUAAGAAGAGUAGCAUACCCAAGCAUGAUGAUUUGUCUUGCCAGCUACCCAUUAUACUUGCAAAAUGAAUCUAUUUCAAAAAUCUUUGAGGCUGCUCUUGUCCUGGAGCAAGACCUUGAGCUCAAAAAACGAAUGGUUGGAGAAUUUAUUACCUUUUUGGAUGAAAAUGGUCGUGGAGAAAAUGAACAAAAUCCAAAGCAAAAUAACGCACAAGCUAGAGAAGUGGAAAUAUCGACUUUUCGUGUUCAAGCAAAUUUGCGACAUAGGGCAUGUCUGUAUUUGGCGCAAAAGUUUUUCAAAACCAUUGCUCAAUUGUGUUUACUCGACGAUGGUAUUAUGGAGUUGAAGCCAUUGCAAUUUGUUCGAUUGGCCCUUAAUUUAGGUGUUGCAAACCCUAUUGCAUGUUUAUCGGUUUUGAUAGCACUCCAUGGCUCACCAAUUCCGCAAGUGCAAAACACUGCCAAUGAAGUCUUGACAAAUUAUGGAAAACUUGUUGAUGGUCAGUUUUUAGAGGGUAUCAAACAAGCUUUCCAAUACAAGUUAUUGGCUCCCAGAAUGUUUAAGCUUAUUUAUAAGGUAGUUGAAGACUCAAAACAGAUGCGAAACAAGUUUAUCAAGUCAUUAACAAAAAUGUUGGUGGUGAGGCAGCGUCAUAGGGCAUCUUUUGAAGAUGAGAUUAAAUUGCUAGUGUUUGUUGUUGAGAGGAUCACGCCAAUGCAUUUCAAAACUAUUGAGGAAGUGUUUAUCAUCAUGGAGCAUUUACAAGGUCUAUUACAAUCUCAAGCAUCAGAUUUCAUAUUUGAGAUGGGACAACAAGUAAAUAUUGAUAAAAACUAUGCUUAUUAUUGGGCAUUGUCCAUUGUUUUGUUGAAUGAUUUUUACAAGUACCUUGCUCAUUCGUACAAUAUCAAGGAUGAAGAUGUCGAGGCUUUCAGUACAAGGUGUUUGGAGACGGAUUUGAAUCAAACACCAAGACUUGUGAGAGGCGGCAAGAUGCGACUUAAAUGGGUUUUAGGCAAUAUCGGAGUUGAAGGCGAGAUUUUGAAUUCAAAUUUUGAAAUGUGUUUGCGAGAGAUUGAACAAAUUUGCAUGAUUUACAGAAGUGAGUUGACGUGA